AUGACGGAUCUAGAUCGGAAGGCCGUGGUAGCAGGCAGCAGUGCUACCAUUACUGGCAUGGAGCCGAAGACGGUAGGAGUCGGCUGGGUCCUGAUCAGAAAUCAACUGCGAGAGUUUCUGUUGGGGGAGGAUUUGUUGGUAGCUCCUGUACUUGAACAAGGUGCAACAUCCAGGGAUAUUUAUCUACCUCGUGGCGAAUGGAGGGACGAAAACACUGGUAAAGUCUAUACUGGUCCUACUACACUUAAAAAGUACCCUGCACCUUUGGAGGUCUUACCAUACUUUGAAAGGAUCAAAUCUUAG